CACUCGGCCCGGAACCACGUGACGCAAGAGGCGCCCGAGGCGGCUGGGCUCGCGCGGGUGGAGCCGCCUCCGCGUUCGAGCGGGGUGGGGGCUGCCCGGUUGAGGUUUCCCGGCGGGUCCUGGCCUUUGCGUGCACGCGCUUGCGUGCUCGCGCUCGCGGUUCUGGGCGCUGCGGGACAUGCCGUGUCCCCAUGGCUUUCAAGCUGAAGAAAUGAAGGUCUAAAGUGUCAGACAUACCUGAAGAAGAGUUCAAAAGUAUGGCCGCCAUCCUUUCCUUAGCUAUCAGAGGAAAGGAAUAAUGCUGACAGCAUGUCUGCACAUUCCAUGCUCUGUGAACGAAUCACCAUAGCCAAGGAACUGAUCAAGAGAGCAGAAUCACUUUCUAGAUCAAGAAAAGGUGGCAUAGAAGGUGGUGCAAAGCUGUGCAGCAAAUUGAAGGCAGAAUUAAAAUUCUUACAGAAAGUAGAAGCUGGGAAAGUAGCUAUUAAAGAAUCUCAUUUACAGAGCACUAACCUAACACACCUGAGAGCCAUUGUGGAAUCAGCAGAAAACCUGGAAGAAGUUGUUAGUGUUCUUCACGUCUUUGGUUACACAGAUACCUUGGGAGAAAAGCAGACUCUUGUGGUAGAUGUAGUUGCAAAUGGUGGUCAUACUUGGGUGAAAGCCAUUGGCCGGAAGGCUGAAGCUCUUCAUAACAUCUGGCUGGGCAGGGGCCAGUAUGGUGACAAAAGCAUCAUUGAGCAGGCCGAAGACUUCCUCCAGGCCAGUCACCAGCAGCCCGUGCAAUAUAGCAACCCUCACAUCAUCUUUGCAUUUUACAACAGUGUCUCCAGUCCCAUGGCAGAGAAGCUGAAAGAAAUGGGCAUAUCUGUGAGAGGAGACAUAGUAGCAGUCAACUCUCUGUUAGAUCACCCUGAAGAGCUCCAACCGAGUGAAUCAGAUGAUGAGGGCCCUGAACUUUUGCAGGUGACCAGAGUAGAUCGAGAAAAUAUACUAGCAAGUGUUGCAUUUCCAACAGAAAUUAAGGUCGAUGUGUGCAGAAGAGUAAAUCUGGACAUUACUACUUUAAUCACAUAUGUAUCUGCCCUCAGCUAUGGAGGCUGCCACUUUAUUUUCAAAGAAAAAGUGCUCACAGAACAAGCAGAGCAAGAGAGGAAAGAGCAGGUUCUACCUCAGCUGGAGGCCUUUAUGAAGGACAAGGAGUUGUUUGCUUGUGAAUCUGCUGUCAAGGACUUUCAGUCUAUUUUAGAUACCUUAGGAGGACCUGGGGAGAGAGAGAGGGCCACUAUGUUAAUUAAGCGAAUUAAUGUAGUAUCAGACCAGCCUUCUGAGCGUGCCUUGAGACUAGUGGCCAGCUCAAAAAUUAAUAGCCGCUCAUUAACAAUUUUUGGGACAGGAGACACCCUAAAAGCCAUCACAAUGACUGCUAAUAGUGGUUUUGUCAGAGCUGCAAACAACCAGGGUGUUAAAUUUAGUGUGUUUAUCCAUCAGCCCAGGGCACUUACUGAGAGUAAAGAGGCUCUAGCCACCCCCUUACUAAAAGGCUACACAACUGACAGUGAACAAUAAAGAUGCCCUUUAAAUGUUGUGGAAGUAAGUUAUUUAUACCAAAGGCUGGCUCUUCCCAUCUACACUGAGGGAAAAAAGGUCUAUAGUAAAAGUAAAACAUAGAACUCUUAAACCAGUAGAGUUUCUUUGUGUCUCAUCUAAAGUAUGUAACUCCCCAAAGUAGAAAAAGCACAAGAGACAAGCUUAUCUAUCAAACUGUCUACAUUAGUACAAGUAAGAACAGAAAUACGUCUAUAUAAAGCUUUCAGCUGUAUUGUAAUACUUUGAUUCGGUAGGGCUACAACUCCCCUGCUGGUAACCACGUUUCAUGGAAUAUGGCUACAUUGCAUCUUGCAUUAAAUAUCUGGAGAAAACUAAA